GUGCCACACCACUUCAUCUGGAGCCUGAACAGGGACCUGAAGGCCGACUGCACACCCGUUCCUCAAGCCCGAGCAAGGGGGAAAAGGACGACUCUUCAUCCAGAAAUUGGAGACACUUGGGUUCUGAACAGCCUCAUCAAGGUGAGGAAACUGAGGCCCAGACAGUGACUUGACCAGGGUCAUCUCCAACAUGCAGAGCCCUGCCAUCAUAUCUCUGUUGCUUGUGUCCAUGGGCCUCAUGGAAGCACUCCAGGCCCAGAGCCACCCCGUCAUACGACGAGACCUCCUUCCACAAGAAAUGCCCCUAGACAUGGCCCUGGCCUCCUUUGAUGACCAGUAUGCUGGCUGUGCCGCAGCCAUGGCGGCUGCUCUCCCGGAUCUCAACCGCACAGAGUUCCAGGCCAACAAAGUGUACGCCGAUGGCUGGGCGCAGGCAAGCAGCCAGUGGCGGGAGCGCCAGGCCUGGGGGCUCAAUACCCGUCUGGACCCACCCAAGGGCUUCCGGGAAGAGCACGGGGUGGCCCUCCUGGCUUACACGGCCCACGGCCCCUUAUACAAAAAAUUCAAUGAGGCCGUGCGUGAGGCGGGUCGCUCCCGGGCCCACUACCUCCAGCGCUUCUCCUUCAAGACAUUUCACUUCCUGCUGACCGAAGCCCUGCAGCUGCUGCACAGCAGCCAGCGUCCGCCCCAGCGCCACCAGGUGUUCCGAGGGGUCCAGGGCCUGCACUUCUGGCCUUCGGGGACCAGGGCAACUGUCAGGCUGGGGGGCUUUGCCUCUGCGUCCCUGGAGAGGCAUGUGGCCGAGAGAUUUGGGAAAGACACCCUGUUUGGCAUCUGCACCUGCCUUGGGGUCCCCAUCAAGGGCUACUCCUUCUACCCUGGGGAGGAGGAGGUGCUGAUCCCUCCCUUCGAGACCUUCCAGGUAUUCAACGCCUGCAGGUUGGCCCAGGGCUCGUCUCUUAUCUACCUCCAGUCCAAGGGGAAGAGCAGCACAUACAACUGCGAGUACAUCAAAGUCAGGCAGUGCAAGUCUGAGCGCUGCCGUCUGGAUAGCUCAGCCGUGGGUCAGAGGCCCGUUCCUGCAGUCUGGUCCCUUCUACUGCUGCUCUGGUUCCUCGUUGGGGAGGUCUUUCCAGAGAGUCCGGGCCUCCUCUAAUCCAUCAGCCACUGAACAGCCCUGCCUGUCGCCUCUGCCCAACAUGAGGAUGUCAGCCACAUGCGUGCUCUGAGUGUGGCCACGAUCUCGGGGAACUCCAUCUACAGGAAACUCUGGGACCUUCUCUGGCGACUGCCGGGCCUGCCAGCGGGAAGAAGAAAAUGUGGGACUGAGCCUCUCCCAGGGGUCUAGGAGUCAGAUGCUGAAUAGAGGUGGGGGGCCUGGAGGACAGGUAACCCCUCACUUGGAAAUAGAAGAUUAAAGUAUUUGGAGGCAUGGUGACUGGGGAGAAAAGUA